UACUAUAUAAGAUCAACCGCCCUCGGCAAGAUGCAUACACAUCACUGUAUCACGAUGCGUCUCAGUCUCCUUCUGUUGACUCUCGUGGCAGCAGCCACAGCGGUUCCCAAGCUCAAAAAUGACGCUGGGAACGUGGACUUAUUGAAGAAGCAGCGAUAUUGCCUCCUGCUCCUACAACAGGUGUUACAAGAAAUACCGGACGAGGGACUGAGGAAAGUUGGAUUGGAAUAUGACUGCUACAAGAACAUCGAUAUGUACCGUGACAAGGGCGUGGUGAAAUAUUUCAUCCGUUCCAUCCAACUCGGUCGUAUCCAACGCAAAGGUGUUCCAUUCACUACAUCGAUCAGCAUAUUGCGGAGGGACGCGGCCAUCCUCACCAGAGUGAUGACCACCGCCAAGGACUUUGAAACGUUCAUCAAAACCGCUGCGUGGAUCCGCACCAUCUGCAACGAAGCUCAAUUCGUAAAGGCUUUCGUCGCUGCGAUCCUUCAACGCGACGACACUCGAGGCAUCGUCCUUCCCGCGCUCUACGAAGUCCUGCCCCACUACUACUUCGAUACGAGAAUAAUCAACAAAGCUCAAUACCUUCGUACCAUGGGACUCACCAAGACCGGCAAAAACGCGUUCACGAUCGAGGAGAAGGUCCGACCUCUCUUCCCCAAGGGUGAAGAAUCUCUGGCUUACUUUACCCAAGACAUCGGACUGGCCAACUACUACGCUUACUUCAGCAUCGCUGGAUGGUUGACACCCAAGUGCCAAAAGACGACCGACGACGUCGGAACGUACGGAGAUACUGACUGCAAAUACGGUCGUGGACAGCACUACUACUACGUGCACCAGCAACUUCUGGCUCGUUACUACCUCGAGCGUCUGAGCAACAACCUUCCGCCGGUUAAGGAUCUGGAUUACACCUUCGAAUACACGCCGUUCAAGUCUCACCUGACAUUCCCCAACGGUCUCGAGUUCGCUGGACGUAUUCAAGGCGUGAACUUCGCCGAGAGCAACGAGGAACUUCGCAGGACCGUAUUGACCCUCGAGAGAAGACUGAUUGACGCGAUCGACAGUGGAUACAUUCUGAAGUCGAAGGGUGGCGUGUGCUCCGCCUACGAACCCAGGGGUCUCGAUAUGCUGGGAAGCAUCAUCGAAGCGACCGGAAGGAGCAUCAACCCCAGAUACUACGGAAGCCUUCAGGGCGCCGCCCGCAGACUUCUCGGCGGUGCUGAGUACACGAUGCACAUGCGGGACUUGAUUCCAUCGGCCCUUGAAGUCGAACACUCCGCAGUCAGAGACCCCAUUUUCUACAAACUGUACAAGCGCAUAAUGAAGCUCUUCAUCGCUUACCAGAACAAUCUGCCCAAGUACACGCGAAACGAUCUGAUCUUCCCCGACGUGAUGAUCGAGAACGUGAAGAUCGACAAACUGUGCACUUACCACGACAAAAUCGCGGUAGACAUCGACGCGUGCACCGUGUUUGACUUCAGGAAGGGAAUCGAUAAGACGGAAGUUCCGAUCAAGGCUGUUGUCGAGAGACUCAACCACAAGCCGUUCAAAUUCGAAAUCACCCUCAACAGUAGAACCGAUGUCAAAGAAGCCGUGGUGAGAGUAUUCUUCGGACCGACGUACGACUACCACGGUAAACCGGUCAACAUACGCGAUCACAGAUUACUGUUCGUCGAAAUGGAUCAAUUCGUUUGCGACCUCAAUCAAGGAAAGAACGUCAUUGUUAGGGAUUCUUCGGAAGCACCUAUGCGCACCAGUGGUAUCAUGUCAAAGAAGGACAUUCUACGUCGCGUCGAGGAUGCUCUCAAUUCGCACCAACCGUUCUACCCCGUCGAGCCCGCGCAAAUGUUUGGCUUCCCCGAGUCGCUCGCUCUUCCCAAAGGUACAGUCGACGGUCUGGAACUUCAAAUGGUGGUGAUCGUUUCGCCGAAAAAACAGGUACCACUGAGCUUCGAGCCGGUCGUCCCCACCAAAUACCAAACCUUCCAACGCGUCGAGUUCGACGACCUUAACGUCGAUUACUCCAAAUACACCAUGGACAGAGAAGCCCUCGACGCGGUGAAAGACAGGUACUCGGACUUCGAUAUUCGCGAUACCAAGGACUACAGCAGCAUCGUUAACGGCAUCGGCGAUCGCGACAUUCAUCGUGGAUUCUACGACGUUUCGCGAGAGGAAAACAUCGGCAGCAAGACCGGAGAUUUGUACCGCGGAAAGACUACCUCCAUGGACGACAUCUACGGCAGGACAACGAAGAACCGCAGAUUUGGAACUGACACCAUCGAAAGGGACACCACACUCGACACCGGUUUCGAACGUAGAAUCGAAGGCAAAUACAAUUACCUCGCCGAUUACUACAAGUUCAAGCCCAUUACGGAGAUAAUCGGUGGUUCCGUGUCAUUCGACGGUAGACCAUUGGGAUAUCCCUUCGACAGACCGUUGGCCCUGGGAGCCCUCGACGUACCGAACAUCAAGGUGUGCAAGAUCUUCGUAUAUCACGAGGAGAAGAUACGCAUAAAUUACGAAAGAUCCGUCUGAAUCGCCCCCAAUUACUUGGAGAGCGCUCCAAAGGAACGUGUUCAUAUCUGACCGACUCGGCUCACCUCUUACUGUCUCUCUCUUCCUCUUCUACGACCGCAAUUUACGGAAUCAAAAGAAAAAAAAAAAAAAAAAAAACAAACUA